AUGUCCGUAACCACGACCUCCAACCCGCUCACUUACGCCUCCGCCACCGUCCUCGCAGACUACCAACUCACACACUCAUCCGAGUCCUCUGUCGAUGAAGACGCCUUCGAUCAGAGUCUGAACAACCACCCCGCGCCCGCGCCGCACACACACGCCCCCGCGGACUGGCCCACUCAACAUCGCCGCGUUCCCGCGUUCCGCCCGGUAAACACGCGGCUUGAUCAGAGCGAGCGCCGUGUGUAUCAGAACGGGGUUGAAAGAGCGUUUAUCGGGACGAUGUUUACGGGGGUUUGGGUGUUGUCAACGGCUUCGAAGGUUUGGCAUGCGACGGCUGGCAGGGUCUGGGAUGUUGGGUAUAAGCUUGGUGGGGAGUGGUGA